AUGGAAGAUUGUCAUGAUCUCCAGAAUCGAAGCGAGGACUUCAUCCGAAAAGGUUACCUUGGGCGCUAUCUCGAGAAACCCCAAGAAUCAACUCCACAUCACAGGGGACCCAUCGAAAGACGUCGACCAAGCACUUGCCCGAGCCUCUCCAGAUCGGUUCUCGACCUGCGGCUCGCCAUCCCAACUCUUGCCCAAGCCUCUCCAGAUCGGCUCCCGACCUACAGCCCACGGGCCCAGCUCUUGUCCGAGCCUCUCCAGAUUGGUUCCCAACCUGCGGCUCGUUGGCAAAGCUCUUUCCCUAGCCUCUCCAGAUCGGUUCCUGACCUACAGCCUGUAGGCCCAGCUAUUGUCCGAGCCUCUCCAGAUCGAUUCCCGACCUACAGCCCGCAAGCCCAACUCUUGCCCGAGCCUCUCCAGAUCGGUUCCCGACCUGCAGCCUGUAGGCCCAGCUAUUGUCUGAGCCUCUCCAGAUCGAUUCCCGACCUACAUCCCGUAAGCCCAACUCUUGCCCGAGCCUCUCCAGAUCGGUUCCCGACCUGCAGCCCGCAGGCCCAGCUCUUGCCUGAGCCUCUCCAGAUCGGUUCUCGACCUAUAGCUCGCCGGCCCAGCUCUUGCCCGAGCCUCUCCAGAUCAGUUCCCGACCUACGGCCCACAGGCCCAACUCUUGUCCGAGCCUCUCCAAAUUGGUUCCCGACCUACAGCCCGUAG